AUGCACCUCCAGAAAAAGGAACAGUUCUGUAAACUCUGUAUUGGUCGUUUCAGCUUUGAAACCACAGAAGAAAGUUUGAGGAACUACUAUGAGCAAUAGGGGAAACUUAGUAUGGUAAUGAGAGAUCCUACAAUCAAAAGUUCAAGAGGAUUUGGUUUUGUAACUUUUUCAUCUGUGGCUGAGGUUGUUGCCGCCAUGGCUGCAAGACCUCAUUCAAUUGAUAGGAGAGUGGUUGAGCCAAAACGUGCUGUUGCAAAAGAGGAAUCUGGAAAGCCAGGGGCUUAUGUAACUGUGAAGAAGCUGUUUGUUGGUGGGACUAAAGAUAAUAGUGAGGAACAUCAUCUUAGAGAUUACUUUGAGGAAAAUGGAAAAAUUGUUACCAUUGAGAUAAUUACUGAUAGGCAAUUUGUAAAGAAGAGAGGCUUUGGAUUUCUUAUUUUUGAAGACCAUAAUCCUGUGGAUAAAAUUGUAUUGCAGAAAUACCAUACCAUCGAUGGUCAUAAUGCAGAAGUAAAACUGUCUAGACAAGAAAUGCAGGAAGGACAAUGAAAACACAACAAUCCAAAAUCUAUGGGACACAGCAAAAGCAGUCUUGAAAGGGAGGUUCAUAGCUCU